CGCCACGGAGCCCGAGUCGUGAUCGCCGACUUGGAUGCCGACCCUGGGGCCAAGGCCGCGACAGAGCUGGGGCCCUCGGCGGAGUUCGUGAGGUGCGACGUUACGGUGGAGGCCGACGUGGCCGGAGCCGUGGAGGCGACGGUGGCCCGGCACGGGAGGUUGGACGUAAUGUACAACAACGCCGGGAUCGUGGGACCCAUUAGGCCGGCGAGCAUAUCGGAGAUGGACAUGUCCGACUUCGAGAAGGUGAUGAAGAUAAACGUUGUUGGAGUCGUCGCCGGCGUCAAACACGCCGCCAAGGUCAUGAUUCCGGCGAAGUCCGGUUGUAUCUUGUGCACGUCUAGUGUCGCCGGAGUAAUGGGUGGAUUGGCUCCACAUCCAUACGCAAUCUCAAAAUUCACAAUCCCGGGAAUAGUGAGAUCGGCGGCGAGUGAGCUGAGUCAAUACGGAGUCCGUAUCAACUGCAUAUCGCCGGCAGCGGUGGCGACUCCGUUAACGGUGGAUUAUUUCCGGCGACUUUUUCCGAAGGCGACGAUGGAUGAGAUACUUACGGCGAUGAGAGGGGACGGAGAAUUCGGAGGAAGGGACUGCGAGGAAAGAGACGUGGCAAAGGCGGCGCUGUACUUAGCGUCGGAAGACGGAAGUUACAUCACCGGACACAACUUGGUCGUCGACGGUGGCAUCACUUCCUUCAAGAUCGCCGCCGCCGCUUUUCCGUCAUCUUGAUUUGAUACGCCGACGCCGUGUCUUUUUUUUUUUAAUUUAAUGUUUUACAAAGGCAAUAACGAACGUAUCAUGUCUGGUCGGUUGGUUAAUUCAAAAACGAAUAUGAUAUUCGAACAA